AACAAAACGGUUCUUCGUGAGAUUCGAGCACCAUUGACGUUCUCUUUGCACCAGCAUCAUCAUACCGUUUAACAUAUCGUGCUCAGGUAUGCACUGUCUCUCCUUUGCUUGGUUGUGUUUUAAAGUAGUAGAAUGUGUCACCGCUCCUCUCGACUCGACGGAACAUCAGGGCUUUGGCAGAUGCAAGAUCACAGCACCUCCGACAAGAGGUCGGCUGUCAAGAAUGCACGCUGCACUUGUGCAAUUUUGUUCGUAGCAGCAGCCUCCAUGUUCCUCCACCAAUUGUCGCCCUGGAUUACCGCAGACUCUGGACAUUCUGUCAAAAUUGUACAAACCAGGAUAUACGAUGCUCCAGUAACAAACUCUAGUCGUCUUAAAACGCGCAGUCUGGUCUGCACUGUCCCGGCAUCCUCACCUGAUGUGCAAAGGCGAUCUUGUGUGGUGGUUCUUCAGGACACUCAGCCCUCUGACGUGGGCAGCAUGACCUGCGUAUCUGCGUAUCAACAGCAACUAGAAUCCGGCUAAAUUAUGAGGACUGAGCGACGGACCUCCACACCAUGGCCAGGCCACCGGGGAAUGAAAUGUAUUUUCAUCACGCGCCAGCUGAUGAGAUCCCAAUCUAAUCGGGCGGUGGGCGUCUUGACCUCGC